AUGACUAUUUUUAGUGUUAUAUUUUAUUCCAAUAAUCCUCUCAUGUCUAAUACCAGAUGUAGAAGCUGCCCUAAGUUUUAUUUUCUUUUUCUCUUUAAUGGGUGCUCCUUAUUGACUUACAGCUGUUUUAGGGUUCCUAGCCUCAUCCAAUGAGACGUCUUACACCAACUGCUAUUUCUGUUUCUUGAAAUGCACAUUUAUUUACGUCACAAUGGGUGUCGGCGGGUCAAUACUUAUUUUUCUUGCUCUAUUGCUUUUAGUUUAUGCUAA